AUUUCCUUGACUGUCUCGGUUCGAGUAGAUAAUAUUAAAAAAGGUUGAAAAUUGAAUGAACAUGACAAUUUGGGUUAUUCUGAAAACUUGAAGAACAUGGUGCUGAAGUUCCUCGACUGAGCAAUCUUAAAUGCAGUCUGAAAUUCGCCUUGUCACUUAUAACGAGGAAUUAUUGAUCUAAUUUUUCUCCAAUUUUCGUGUUUUCGUUCGAAGCAGCGGGGCAGUUGAGGAGUUUUAGACCGCGAAACUGGAAAAGACAAAAAGACGCGACGACAAACGGCUGGAGUAAGAUCACAGAGAUUUAAAACGGCUCGUGCACGAUUAGAAUUUGAUGAGGUCUUCCAAGGAGGUGAGAAAACGCUAAUUCUUCAUGUAAAUUAUAGUAAACACCACAAUAAAACGAGUAGAAAAUAUAUUUUAAAUCCCUGUAACUUCGACCGGGAGCCUUGGUUACUGUAAGGAAAUUUUAUCAAUUUUGAAACCGUUGUGAAGAUCUUUUUUUAAUCUCCCUUAAUACAAUUUAAACUAAAGGCACAACAAGGAGUGGACUAAAUCGAGAAAAUGGAUCUUCGCGAAGAGAAUUACGAGAUUUUUUGCUGUAAGUAAAAAAGUAACAUCCCUUAUUUUCUCACUGAAAAUGUAACUGCCUAUGAAUGUUUUUAGUCAAAAGGGAGCCGAAGAAGUCUUGUCAAGCCUAAAGCCCUCGAGGUGGCUUUUAGCCACGUUAGUUAGCGCUAGAUCAUGGAGCGACGUAAAAGGGACAAAAGGAUUCUGAAAGGUUAAAAGAAAACAUGCCGCAUAUAUUAAAUUGACAAGAUUUAAAAACAGUAAUGUAGAAGACAUUAUGUUGAGUACUGGCUUAAAAGGUUUACAGUUCUUGUCUUAACAGACAAAAUUAGCGAACAAAAAAGAUUAUCAGAUUUUGAAACCUUUUUAAGUAACGACAGCCUAUAAUUAUGCCUUCAGGAGUUUAGCAAGGAAAGCUGUAAAUACACUGAUAAAGAAGUGUAUAUAUGCUCCUUAAAACCAGAAAUGGACAGUUGAAAAAGGUAGAAGUAUUUUACUUGUCUCAAAAACCGAAAAAAAUCGGGCGAAAGAAAUAAAAAGUCACACUUCGCUGUGAAUCAUUAUAAUGCCGAGAAUCGAAAAACACGGCAGGACAGCAAUGCUCUGGCCUUAAUUUGUAUGAUCAAACUGUGGUCUCACCCACCGUCUAGAAGUUAAAAAAUAGAACACUGCUGAGAGGCGUCGUAUUUUCGAGGUUGAGAAAAAAUGGAAGUGCUCUUUGGCAACAAGGGCUUCGUCUACAAAAAGCUAAGUCUACCAUAAUCAUGAAAACGCAUGAAAACAUUCAAUCUGGGAUAAACUAACGCCAGUUAGUUGGCAGCAUAAAACUAGGAAAUCUCCUACAAUAAAGACAAGCAGAAAGGCGCGAUAAUUCGAUUUAAAAAAAUCAUAUAAUAAAUAAACUUGAACUUAAGUUAAAUGAAAUAUGGAAAAGAAAGGCGAAACCAAAACAGGAAGAUUUGACUGUAAGAUACAGGUCAUGUUUAAGGUAUAAUUCCAUGGUGAGAAAUAGAAAUGUGACUUGUACAUCUAAACAAAUAACCAUCACGCAAAUUUAAAUGCGUUACUGUCAAUAUAGCAUACAAUUCUCACGCAAAACUAACUUUCCAAACAAAUUCUUAACCUGAUUCUAGAACAAGUCAUCUUUGCCGGCUAUUAAAAUCUCGUUUUGUUACAAUUAUUAUUAUUAUUAGUUUUAUACAGCAUUAUAAUUGCUAUCUUAAAGAUCGCACUUCCAAAAUAAUAUCUACGUAGAAACUGUCACCUCGGCUUUGGCAAACUCGCGGGUAGCGGAAACAAUUGUCUUAAUAAAACUGUCAUUGAAACACGCGAUCUCGGUCGCUUCCGAUCGGAGUCUAGCGAUGGAAAUAACAUUUUGUUACAUAUACUGUACUUUCAGGGAUAAUUUAAUUAGUUGUCUAGUUUCUCCAUGAAUUUUUGUGCCAUCAAAGAAUGAAGAAUAAAAAUCUAGAGCAGCUGGAAUUUGAAACAAUAGCUUAUGUUUACAUUGAAUUCUCCGAGACAUCGGGAAGAUAUUUCGGAAGUAUAAAUAUUUUGAAAAUACGCUUUUCCUGUGCGAGGACGUGGGCGCCGGAAAAAUCUCUUCUUUCGGAGUCAUCAAUGGAAAGUUCUUAAGUGGUCGCUACAGAGGAAAACAAAAAUAUUCUUAAAAUGAACAAAGCAGCUGUCCAGCUGUUCUUAAAUGAAUAUUUGAUAUGGCUAGCAAUAGAUGGAGUUGUAUCGAACGUGAAAUCGUGAAAUCACUACGACGUUUUGUAAACAAAAAUGAAUAAUCUCUUUGUUCGGAGUGGUCAAUGUUCUUAUGAUACCGCCAAGGAAAAUAAGAGUAACUAUGUAUUCAAGAAAUGAACAAACAGCUGUCCAGAUAUUUACGAAUGACCAUUUGAUAUGGCAAGCAAUGGACGGAGUUUUAUUGCAAGUAAAACGAAUGUCGUGAUUGUAAAUAACACCGUAUAAGAUAUGCCUUCCGUGCGCGACCAGCUAACACAUCGUUUUCGUUUCCCGGCCAUUAUUUAAUUCGAAAGCAUCGCACUUCUGUUAUUACGCAAGUCUUACGGGAUGUUUACAUGAAGGAAGGAGGAUCCUAGCACCAAGAAGAUCCUAGAGGGUGGAACAACUUUUCGUCGGGUUUACAUGGAGAAAUUUCGGUCCGUGCGGUUACCAAGGAGAGAAGCAGCGGGAAUUAAAGAUGACGGGCGACAAAAACAAAAAUGCAAUUUGGACCCUUCUGCUCUCUUUACUGACCUUAAAAACUACCUUUCAGCAGAAUAUUUAUCAACUUCGUGGUGACACCAAACGAAAUGUUCGGCCUUUACCGGCCGUGAUUACCCACUGAACGACCCGCUGCUAUUUUUGUCUGGUUUGUUCCUAGUACUAGGAUCUUCCUAGCGAAAGCAGUUUACAAGUAAUGCAGAAAAAACAUAUGGCGCUAGGAUGUUCCGCCUUCUAGGACUUUUCCCCCUUCAUGUAAACAGCCCCUUCCUCAACCCUUUAAGCCCUAAGAGUGAUGAAAAUCAAAUUUCUCCUGGUAAAAUCACUGCUUUAUAAAACAAAGUGGUCAUGAGAAAUAAGGACAUGAUCACACUAGAUGAAUCUAAGUGAUACUUUAACAAAUUCUCCCCAAUACUUCUAUUGAAAACGUAUAGGGAUAACAAAUGAGAAUUUGAAUUUUGAUGUUAGGGUUUAAAAGGGUUAAAGGAUGAAAUGAAGAAUAAAGAACAGCGUCAGCCUGGGCAAACUCAAAGCAAUAAAAACGCACUACAGAAUGGCUCGGCCGCAAAAACUCAAAAGCGCUUAAUAUACCUCAGUCAAACACCGCGCUUUACUAUACCCUAUAAGAAACAUUGAAGAUUUACCACGGAACCAAGUUAUCUCUUACCUGUAGAUCACUGUUCGUUAUAUCUAUCCCACCCCACCCCCACCCCCCAAAAUAAUAAUCAAUAAUAAUAAUAAUAAUAAAUAAAUAAACAAAUAGUUUCGGGUCAGGCUCAUUCAUAUAUAAGAAUCGGAUCAUUCUGAACAGUUUCUGUUUUCUCCUUUCCUAAGUUGACUAAAUUAUCAACUUGCAUCUCCCCUCUUCCGUGUGUUCGCCAUAACGAUAUCGACUCCUUAAAUCUAGUAAAUUCAAUAUGGCCGCCGUAUCGGUAAAAAGGUCCAUUAAGCAACGCGAAGUGGUUCUAACAUCUAAAUGGUUUCGUACCUGUAAACCAGUAGUUAUGGCAUCCACGGCUACUGCAGAGGGAGACCUAAGACCAUCUACUAUCUGAGGACAAAAAUAUAGGACGAAAGACAAGUGCAAUUGUUUCUCUGCUUAUGACCAUUACUAAUCAAUGAAUGAAGAGUCGUGGAUGAGAGCUUGACAACAGACGUGUUCACUUAACGUUACACAGUUGAACCUCCAUUAAGCGGCAAGUAAUCAAAGUCCCGACAUAUGCGUAGAAAAAAAUGGGAACUUAGACCUCUAUUAAGGGGCCACCUCUAAUAAGCGGCCGCGGCCAAAUUUUGGCCGUCCCCAAGGAAAUUUCUCCCAUUGUUGUCGCCCUAUCAAGCGGCCAUCAAGCGCUUUAAAAUACGCUUAAUUUGGUUUUAUUUCAAGAAUAUGACUCCCGUCGCGUGUUUGUUUCAAUUGAAAAUAAAGUGAUGUUUCUGCUAAACAGUAUCGUGGGUUCUUUCGAGCGGCCAACCUCCAUUACGCAGCGUCCCCUUUAAAUUUGACUACUGAAGGAGACAAGGCCAACGGCUUCAUGUCAACGCCAAAUAUAGCGAUCACCUGAACUGAAAGAAGAUUUAAAUCACAGCCUACAUGAUGUUUUCAGUUUUUUAAAGACCCUGGUCGUUGGCCCGGCCGGGGUUUGAACCCACGAUCUCUCCCAGCUGAGCUAACCGGACGUCAAUUAAGACCCUGCACUAGAAAAAAUGAUCAGUUUUACAGCUUCAAGUGUAAAUUUCAAUCAUAACAUGUAAAUAUCAUAUAAAUCACCUCAAUAUAACUGUAAAUAAAAACAUAAAAAAGUACAAAAAGCUAAUUUCAUACGCGUAGCAAAGGGAGGCAAUUGACCACUCCAGAAAAUACCAUAACAUACCAUAAUGCUCUUUGCUUGUCACCCCAAAAUUUUGCAUAAGCAAUGUCUUCAGUUUCUCUUGGGACUUAAAUGGCCCCAAGAGAAACUGAAAACAAUGCUUUAAUAUGCAAGGUUUUGGGGUGACAAACAAAGAGCAUUAUGGUAUGUUAUGGUAUUUCUGGAGAGGUCAGUUAGUGGUUGCCUGAUCGAUAACGUUACCUUGAUAACGGACUGACGCAGUUGAAAUAAGCUGUUCACGAUGGCAGCAUUCUUCUGCUGCGCAGGACUCGCUUGAUCAUAUAACUGAGUCGCUUCCACACUGGUAGCAAGCUGGUAAAGGAAAUUGAAAUAUGUUAUAGUCUCUCUACAGAGAUUCAAUUGCAUUGGUAUGAACGUUAACGCUGAGAUAGGAAAAAGUGUCAUGAAAUCUAUAGAAAACCAUUGAGGCUAAAGAAAAAAAAACUAACUGGACUUUUUGUUGCUGAUGUUAUCAGACUGUUAAAUAACUAACAAAACAUUAAAUUCUUUUAUUUUAUAUUUUAAUUUUUUUACCUCUACUAAUUACUCAAUGAAGUCACAAAGCUGUGUUAUAUCCAUUACUACAUAUUCGGAAAUAUUAAGUGAUUUGAGCAGUUCAUUAAUAUAGAUGAAAGACAUUGAUUAUAACUGAAGCCUAUACAAGGACAAUUAUGUUAUAAUAGGGAGCUUAAGCAGCGACGUUUUUGAGCGACGCACGUCAACCGGAAGUGAGGUAUUUUCCCUCUUAACAUGCCUUGAUGAUAUAAAAUUUGUAUUCCUUAGCUUCUUUACUGUUAUGGAGGCGAUUUGACUGAAAAUUUGCGCGAAACUACCGUCAAAAAAUGAAAAAAGGCCACUUCCGGUUGACGUGCGUCGCUCAAAAACGUUGUUGCUUAAGCUCCCUAAUGAAGGCUCUAUUAUACGCAAUUCAUGGCCCUUUUGGGGACCAUUAAGGAGUUCAUAGCCGCCCUCUAAUUUAAAAGUAUUUCAUUGUUUUCAUCAGAAACAAAGUUAGCACAGGGAACCUCACACGUCGCCAGUAGCUAUUGGUUCUUUUGCCCUCUUCUUUCUCGCCGAAAAUGCGUCAACACUGUACAAAGUCUGUAUCGCCAACACCGCAGACGAUUUAAGGAAACAGGAGAUGGAAAUAAGACGAAACACAAAAACUCUUCUGGUGCGAUUGGUCACGCUGACCGUUUAUCUCACAUCGGGUGCAGCCAUAUUCUCGGUGAUCGAACAUGAUGGUUCUUCAAGCGACCGACAUUUCAGCGAGAAAAUAGACCAGAUAAAAGAGAACAUGACACUGAGAUUUAACGAGACACUGGACGUUAUUAACCAGUACAUCGAGGAGCUGCGAUUGCUUUUUGAAGAAGCUCACAGGUGCAAGUAUAGUCACAAUGACUGGAGUUAUUAUCAGUCGCUGUAUUUCGUUGGCAGUGUGACCACCACCAUUGGUAAGAUAGCUUUAACCCUUAAGCCCCGAUCUCCACAUGCAAAUUCUCCAGACUGAAUUCCAUACAUUUCCCUAAAGAAUUAGUCAAGAGAACAUCAAAAAAGAUCAAAGCAUUUCCGUUCAGUGAUCAUUUUAUUUAUUCUCAUAACCCUUCACUUGAUGAUGUAUUGACGUUGUAAGGGGAAAAUUGAUGUAAGUCACUCUCAGGACUUGAGGGUCAAAGAUUUUGAGAUAACUUCCAAUUAUACAAAUUAAGGGAGCUCUCUACGCCAUACAUCCUUGGAAGCCGGGGUCAAUAAAAUAGAACCAUUACGUGCGAUUACAAGCGUAAUUGACAAGUGUAGCUAUUAUUAUUUAUUAUCUGAAAACAACAGCUAUAAAAGAGUAAAUUGCACGUUUAAAAGUUGUAUUGAAUUUAUCCUAGCUCUAAUUGCUAUACCUAACGAAGUCUUAAGCUAUCACAGAAUUGAGCAUUCUGGGUAGGCUGAAAUUCAGAGGACUAAAGUACAGCCCCUGACAUCAGUCACAGAGAGGAGCAUUGAGUGGACCUUCAAAUUCACUGAAGGAGGCCAGAUGGAAAGAAAAAAGUUCACUGAUUCGCUCCAUGUAAGGGAAUACGGAUUCUGGAAUCCGGAAAAUUUUGUUGUGGAUUCCGGAAUCCUGGGCUUUGGAAUAUGGGAUACAACUCAAGGAAUCCGGAAUCCUACAGACGAUUGGAAUCCAGAAUCCAAGUUAUACUAACCAAUACUAAAAUCCAGUACCUGGAAUCCGGAAUACAGCUCAAGGAAUCCGGAAUCCAGUACCUUGAAUCCGGAAUCUAUGGCGUGGAAUCCAGAAUCCAAGACUGUCGUGGAUUCUCUUAUGGGACGAGAUGAUAAUUUAUUUGUAUAAUCGUAACAUCUACUGGACCUCACACCCCCAUCCCAUGACUGCCUCGCGACAAGUGCUAAGUUUUUAGUAAACUCUUUACCUGUUUCUUUACAGGCUAUGGACAUCUAGCCCCUAAAACACAGGGUGGCCGCUUGUUUUUAAUAUUCUUCGCCCUGUUUGGUAUCCCCCUGAAUUUGUUAACUCUUCAGUCACUUGGUGAACACAUCAACUUCGGAAUCCAUUUAUUGAUCAAAUACUUCGAGAAAGCCGCUCUACAGCGCGAUGCACCGACACAUGAACACAUCAAAUGCUUCACUAUAACCGUGCUGCUUAUAGCUCUAUGGCUGCCCUUGGGAGGUAUCAUGUAUUACUACUCAGAGAGAGAAUUUGGCUGGACUUUUCUAGAUUGCGUCUAUUACUGCUUUGUUGCCUUGAGUACGAUCGGCUUCGGAGAUCUGGUGCCGAAUGAGGGCAAGGAGCCAGACUCGUCAUACGAACGAGGCAUGUGGAUCGUGCGCGUCAUGUACUUGGGCUUAGGCCUCUCGCUUCUUUCGAGUGUCUUCACCUCUGUCUGUAGUGCGGUGAAGGAAAUUCGAAGUCUGAUGCCGUGUAAACGAGGUAAGUAAAUAAGUUACCCAAGCUUCUGUUACUUCUGGUUCUGUAGAGCAUGAAAGCUAGGCUAUAACUAAAUUACAACUAGCAGCACUGACUAAUUGGCGAGGUGCUAAGAUUCUCCAGGUUCGUCUUAUUAUUUAGCAAUUCAGAUUCCACUUUGGUUGCCAAGUAUAGAAUACUGUACCAUGUAAUUUGCCGUCUACAUGUGUAGUUAGAGAUCACAGAUGACGUCGAAAACGUGGUAACAAGAUAGACAAGUCCAACGAGCCGCAGGCGAGUUGGUCAGCGGACACACGGUAAAAUGCUGAGCAGCAAAGCAGGACUAACAGAAAGAAUACGUUUACCACAAAAAUUACAUUUCCGCGUCAACCAAAUCGUUUUUCGUCUCGAACUUUUCUCCUGUAUUCUUGUCCUUUUCCUUUCUUAUUUCUGGGGGCCUUGACUUACUUAUCCAUGAAGUACUCUGGCAGAAUAGCUGCUAGCCAAUUCAGCGUAUUCUACGAUUCCAAUAUUGUGACUAUAAUCCUUCCUAACUUGUCUUUCUCUUUAGAUAGAAGGUGUAGGCGUCCCACAUACAUUUGAAUCUGGCGUGAAAUCCUUCUUCUCCAGGUGAUGGGCUCGUAAUAUUCCUCACUCUUAUUUAAUAAUUGCACGCAGCUAGAAUUGAUUGAUAACUAAUAAUUCUGUUUCCUUAUAAUUUGGUUACACUAUGUCUUAAUCGCGACUCGUUUCCUGCCUACGUACACUUCUAAAACAACCUUACACAAAACCAUAUUUUCGGCAGGGGUUUUCAUAGACACUCGUGUCUUUGAAAUAAGGUACUAUCUAAAUUUGUUACAAUUUUUCACAGCGGAUGUCUAUAGGUGUUGGUCGUAUCUGUUAUUCUGAAAUAGUUACCUUUUUAUGAACCAUAACAGCGCUAAAAUAUAAAACGAGUCCAAAGAAAUCCAGUUUCCAGAGGCCGAGAUGCCCCUGAUAAAAUUAAUAGGGGCGGCUGAUCAGCAUUCGCCGGUGAUAGCGCGAAAAUUUCUGCCUUUGAGCCACAGGAGCACCAGAUUAGGAUGCGUUCUGACGAACGCGACUACGCAAUAUCUUUCUCCAUCCAAGUGUAUAAACCUUACUUGACUCGCACUAUUACUACUAAUUGCUACUGUCACAGUUAAAGAACAAAUAUGCAGAUGGCUGGACUGCGCUUAUGAGGGUAUGACAUCCUAUGACACGAGACUACCAACACCCUUUGAAACCACUCGCCUGUAGACAGUAAAGAGAGAUCUAACCCUUUUCCUUUCAGAGUGCAUUGUGAAGUAUUAUAAAGUGGUUGUAACUUUUGCGUCUAUGAAUGAAAUCUCAUGGUGUUACCAUUUAAAUAAAUCCUCGUCACUCAUUUUUUCACGUGCCACUAUUCAUUUAGCAGCAUUUUGCAAAAUGAGAUUUCCCAAUCUUGCCGAGUUUUGACUUUAACCGCUCUCCUGGGAAUGAAAGGGUUUAGAUCGAUGAGUAGGUUUUCAUGUAACUGAUAGGUGGCCAGCUGGGUGAAUUUUCAAUCGCUGACGUAACUCACUAAUCAACAGAUUCUAUGUACGAGCUUCACAGCACGGAUCAAAGAGAGCGAACUCCAAAACCAGAGACCGCUUUAAGGGAGAUACUUAAGUCAUCCAAGCGUUAUUCGUCUACUGCGUUAGGACAGAAAGACUGUUUAGCUGAACCAAAACUUAAAAGGCAGGUAAAGCUGCAAGAGGUGGACUGCAAUGGGGCGUAUUCUAAUUCUACAAUUGAAACAAACGUACAAGAGCUGGAGUGUCCGGGUUACGUGGACGCGGAAAAUUUAAAUGCAGAGGAGGAGAGAAAAAAGGCAGGUUUAGGAAAAGUAAAGGACGGAGAUGACAUUCUUCAGGACGGUCUCGAAGAUUCAGAAGAGACCACUGACUGAGAAAGAAAAGCAAUGGAAGUAGGAGACACGAUUAGAGAACAGAAAGACAGGUUUCCGAGUAGGAUCAGAAUUAGUUUCGCUGGUAAAAAAACUGGGUUUUAAAAGGGGUAAGGAUGAGGGAGUUUGAAACGCUAGCGUUUUGCGGUUCAUUGCCAAACACAAGCGACUACAAAAUAUCAAUGCUAAAGAAGAGAAUGAGGAUUACACGAGAAUGUACAAGGAGAAACGGCCGAAUAAACGAACCUACAAAAAUGUCACCCUUGGAACUAAAUAAUAUCAAGGAGGAAAACCGUAAAGGAUACAGUACAAGUUUACUAAAUAUAGAUUGGAACAUGUGAUAGAAGAGUUUGCUGCUGCUUUAAAAUUAUCACCACCAGAUUUGUGCGAGGAAGCCAACAAUAAUAAUUGAAACCCGUAUAAAACAUAGGUAUAACAA